AUGACGGCAAAAUCGGCCAGGGAUGACCGGAAGCAAUAUUGGGCUGAAAUAGCGACCUCCAUGGAACAGGCCUCGAACGCUGGUGACACUCGAAAACUAUGCCAACUGAUCCGCCAAGUUAGCGGUAAGCCCUCUACACUGAGUGACUCUGUUCGCGGCGUGAACGGCGGCUCUAUUGCUGACAACUCGGCCAAAGUCGAACGUUGGCGUGAUCGCGUCGAGCACCAUCUCAACUUCGAUACCCAACCUACCUCGCCCUAG